AUUUCUGUUCUGCGUUUUAGACGGAUGAUGUUUUUCUAAGAAAAAAGAUGGCUGCGGUUUGUUUUGGUUGUCGCUGGUAUUUACCAUAUUUGUUUAUGUACUGCAUCACUACUAAUCUAAGUAUAGCCACUAAAGAUUUAGAGAUAAUUGUAGAGGAAAAACCCGAAUUGUGUGAUGAUUUUGCAAGAAUUGGAGACCUAGUUUACGUCGAUUAUACAGGAAUGCUGAGAGAUGGUCGUGUGUUUGACUCCUCCAUGCACGAUGGAAGAUCUCCUCUUAAAUUUCAAUUAGGUGCAGGCACUCUAAUCAAAGGUUGGGAGAGAGGAAUUCAAGGAAUGUGUGUUGGAGAGAAACGAAAGCUAGUCAUCCCGCCUCAUUUAGGUUAUGGUAGCCAGGGCGUAGAUGGUGUCAUUCCUCCUGACUCCACUCUCCUGUUUCAAGUCCAUCUCAUGAAUCUGGAGCGUCCUUCUGUUGUGAAUCAGCUGCAGCAUUUUUUGCAGUUUGCUAUCUGGCCCUUUGGUUUACUUUGUUUAGUCUAUUAUUUAUAUCGGAAACUGUCAACCGCCAUAGCUAAAGACAACGAACGAAAACCGGAGAAACGAUCGGGGAAGAAGAGACGCUAACGUUAGAGUAGAGAAUUAUAAUUACUAUAAAACUUUUUUAGAAAUUUAAUGUCAAUAUUUAAUGAAAAUAAUAAUAUAUUAAAUUUAGAUUCAUAUAUUUAUUGUAGUUUUAAUAAAUUAGGAUUGCUUUUAUUUAUUUCAUUUUUAGUCAGAAACAAAUUUUUAAAUUUAA